AUGUCUACGGUUCUACCUUAUACACUGGCGGGAGCCUCAUUACUUUCAACACUCAUUGUUACAAUCCUCAAUGGUAUUUCUUUUGCAACUUCAAAAGCCUUAUCCGACCUGGCCCCACUCAUCCUGAGUGCAACCAGCUGCCUGGCUUUGGUUAUGCUCAGUGUGCUCCACCACAAAGACAUCCAGGGCCGUCUACAAUGGACCUGCAUCACCGGCGGAUAUCUACUUAUUGCCUCCGCAAUUUCUGCUGGAGCAAUGACAUCGAGUCCCCAAGCCUCCGUGUUCGUCACCCGCGCUGUAUUCUGGGCCUUUGCAGUCUUCGCCCAAGGUCUAUACUGCGGAUUUAUUUCUAUGCCUCUGUUCCAAGAAAGACAGAACCCCGAGUGGCCCCGUUCAUACCCCGAGGAACUCAAGUCUAUCCCUCAGAGUCCUCAACUUCUUCCAUCACCACCACGUGUAUGUGAUCUGUCAGAACUAUUCGAGCCAAAGCGUUCCUCCCUGCGCAAGUUCCCCCGUCGCUCCAAUCGCUUCUCAGACGCAACACUCUGCCAAAGCACCAAAGAAGCCAAGCGUGCGUCAAUCGACAGUUCAUCAACAAGAUCCACCCCAACCCACUCUCCAACAACAGACAAAGCACCGUUUGAACCCAAUCACUCCCUCCCUCUCCGAGGCAACAACAGCAUCCGUAGCAUGCCCAGUCUCCGCCGCAACCCACCAACCCAUCUCUCGUUAGACAGCCUAGUCCAACGCUCCCCAACAGCCUCGACUCUCCACCUCGACUCACCAACCCUAUCAACUUUCAGCACCCCGACUUUAACACCAGCCUCGACCUCGACACAUUCUACCUGGGAAUACAACCCAUUCCAAGAUACAAACAUCCACCCUCUCUUCCGCUCCACCAGCCCAUGCCCUUCACCCACCACCGCCCCCGGCACAAUGCUCAAAGCCUCCCCAUCUGCCGGUCAGACCCUCACCAAGGGGACGAUUACGCGCAUGCGCUCGGCUCGGUCUUUACGCGAGCAGAGUAUUCGUGCCACUUCACCUAUGCCGGGUGUCGAAUUGGACGAGUUGCCGCGGGUGAGGAAGGACCCGGCUCGAGGGAGCUUUACCACUACUCAAUCCGAGAGAUAUGAACUGAACGAAUCCCCUUACGAAAAGUGA